AUGUGUGCAUUACCUAAAUUCCAGUUUCACCCAAGAUGCAAGGAGAUCAAGCUCACUCAUCUUUGUUUUGCUGAUGCUUUCAUACUUUGUAGCAAGGGUGAUUAUCAAUCCAUUCUUCUUAUUUUGCAAGCUUUUAAACUCUUCUCCAACUCAGCUGGUCUAAAGGAAAACCAGCAGAAUUCUUCUGUGUACUGUCAUGGUAUGCCAGAGAUUGAUGUCCAAAGAGUGGUUGAUGUUUAUGGAUUUUCUAGAAGUUCUUUACCUUUUAAGUAUCUGGGUGUGCCCAUAUAUUCUAAGAAGAUUAUUGUGGCUCAAUGUGGGCAUCUAGUGGAUAAAAUAAUCACUAGGAUCAAGAUCUGGAGCUCAAGAAAUCUCUCUUACACUGCUAGAAUGCAACUCAUCAAUUCAGUUUUGCUCAGUUUGCAUAUGUAUUGGGCUCAGAUCUAUGUCAUUCCUAAAAGUGUUCUGCAGGAUAUUGUGAAGUUGAUAUGCAGAGCUUUUCUAUGGAGUGGGCAAACAUUCAGCCAGAAACCAAGUAAUAUAGCUUGGGAUAAGAUAUGUUGUGCCAAGCAGAAUGGAGGUUUGGGUUUUAGAGAUGUUGUUGUGGAAUAUUGCAUUCAUGGGGAAGAGAGAUUAAAGCAGUGUUUUACUUUGGCAGAACUGGAGAACAUGGCACAUUACUCAGUGAAGCAAGUUUAUGAGAAAUUGGUGGGUGUGAAACCUAGAGUGCAUUGGGAUAGAUUGGUUUGGAACAGAUUGAUCACCCCUAAGCACAAGUUUAUCUGUUGGCUAGCUGUUCAAUGCAGGCUUCAGACCACAACUAAGUUGGCUAGAAUUGGCAUUAGCAAAUCUGCUCUCUACUUAAUUUGUGGUUUACAGGAUGAAGAUCAUAAUCACUUAUUCUUUCAGUGUCAGUUUAGCAAUCAGAUAAUUCAGGCUGUGCAGCAAUGGUUGGGUAGUUCUAUGAAUGGUAGCCUGCAUUAG